AUGAUAAUAAUAUGUAGAAAUGAAAAGAAUGAAGCGGUUGAGGGUUGUGAUGGAGACUAUAGUUUGACUGAGGGUUGUGAUGGAGACUAUAGUUUGGCUGAGGGUUGUGAUGGAGACUAUAGUUUGGCUGAGGGUUGUGAUGGAGACUAUAGUUUGACUGAGGGUUGUGAUGGAGACUAUAGUUUGGUUGAGGGUUGUGAUGGAGACUAUAGUUUGGCUGAGGGUUGUGAUGGAGACUAUAGUUUGGCUGAGGGUUGUGAUGGAGACUAUAGUUUGGCUGAGGGUUGUGAUGGAGACUAUAGUUUGGCUGAGGGUUGUGAUGGAGACUAUAGUUUGACUGAGGGUUGUGAUGGAGACUAUAGUUUGGUUGAGGGUUGUGAUGGAGACUAUAGUUUGGCUGAGGGUUGUGAUGGAGACUAUAGUUUGGCUGAUGGUUGUGAUGGAGACUAUAGUUUGGCUGAGGGUUGUGAUGGAGACUAUAGUUUGGCUGAGGGUUGUGAUGGAGACUAUAGUUUGGCUGAGGGUUGUGAUGGAGACUAUAGUUUGGUUGAGGGUUGUGAUGGAGACUAA